AUGGACCCCAACGCCAGUAUCCCCACCGAACCCGCACCCUCCGUCUUCAACUACGUCCUCUCCUUUCUCCUCGUCGGCGUAGCAUGGGGUUUCACAACCCCCUUUAUCCGACGCGCCGCGGCCGACUUCAACGCCCGACAAGAGAAGCAAUCUAGCGACAACACAACACGUGGAAGAUCGCGCCAGGGUCAAGGGCCCGUUCAGGAAGAACAAGAACUACUUAGUUCAGAGAACGAAAGCGAGGAUGAGGGUGUAGGACGGAGUGGGAGUCAGGAGAGACAGAGAGAGGAUACUCGUGCGGCGAGACAACUUAAUGCGGAAUUGGAAAUUGAGACGGAGGUUGAUGAUGCGCCUUUACCAGCUUGGAGAAGACCUGCUUCGCAAUCUUGGAUUAAGAUGAAGAUUGUUUCUGUUUUUUGGACCGUUGUUAAUCUUCUGAGAACCCCGGCUUAUUCUAUUCCUUUGGUUAUUAAUUUGACUGGGAGUAUAUGGUUCUUUUUGCUUGUUGGAAAACAUGAACUCUCUUUGACUGUCCCGCUUGCCAACUCGAGUGCUUUCUUAUUCACGGUUAUUGGGGAAUGGUACGUCGAGCGCAAGGUUAUUGCUAAGGAGACGUGGUUGGGCCUGGUUUUGGUCUUGGGAGGAAUUGCGUUAUGUGUGCAUUCGAAGAAUCAAGCUGCUUAG